AUGUUGUGUGAACGUGUUACUCGAACAUUCUGCAGCGCCAUCCUGUGGCCAACUGAGUGCAUCAGUGGUUGUAUUUGUCGAGGGACCAUCGUUCACAAGGGUGUUGUGUAUUAUCAGUGCUACAACAUGCCCGAACUCUGUGCUUAUGACGUGAAAACCAAGCAAGUCCGACGUCUCGGGCUUCCUGGUGCUGGAUUCAAUAACAAAUUCCCCUACUGCUAUUACAACUGCUUCGACUGGACAGACAUCAACCUCUCAGCCGAUGACAAGGGCCUGUGGGUAAUGUACGCCACGGAAGCUAAUCACGGAAACAUGGUCGUGAGUCGAGUGGACACGGAAAGCUUUAACGUGACACACACGUGGAAGACUCGCCUGUUCAAGCGCUCGGUGACCAACGCCUUCCUGGUGUGCGGGGUGCUUUAUGCAACUCGCUACAUAAACACUUACAAAGAGGAAGUGUUCUACUCCUUCGACAUGACCAAAGGGAUGGAGGACAACACGCUCUCCAUCCCUAUAGAGAAGGUGGCAGCCGGCGUCGCCAACAUUCACUACAACCCCACAGACAUGAGGCUCUACAUGUACAACGGUGGCUACAUGCUCGCCUACCAAGCUUACUUCUGAAAAGUUAGAUU